UCAAAUGCAAGAAAUGAACAAAGAGGCCAGAUAUGGCUCAGCUCAAUUUUAUGAUCACCUUCUAUGUAUGUCCAAUUAUAAAUACACAACCAAGACAGCCUCAUCAAGCAUUCAACCAACAAAUCCACAAAUACUCCCCUAAGUAAUGGAGGUUCCUCCUUGGGCAAUUUUCUCUCUGGCAUGCCUAGCAGCUCUACCUUUCCUCUUCAAAAUCUUCUCUCGACACAGAAAUCAUCCCCCAGGUCCUAAACCAUGGCCAGUCAUCGGAAACUUCCACCUUUUAGGUCCCCUCCCUCAUCAUUCCCUUCACAAAUUGUCCCAAAAAUACGGACCCAUUAUGCAGCUCAGCUUUGGCUCGGUCCCUGUUGUUGUUGCUUCCUCAUCCGAAGCCGCAAAGCUAUUCCUAAAGACUUAUGACCAUGUCUUUGCCAAUAGACCUCAAACUGCUGCAGGAAGAUUGACCGGUAACAACCAUGCAAGUGUCAUUUGGGCACCUUAUGGACCAUCCUUGCGCCAAUGGCGUAAAAUUCUUCAAUCUGAGUUAUUUAGCUUAAAAAGAAUCGAGGCUUAUGAGUAUAUUCGGAUGGAGGAGGUUCGUGCUCUUAUGUUGAGAAUCUAUGCAUCGUUUGGGAAGCCGGUUCCGCUGAGAAGGCAACUCUCUUGUUUCACUCUAAGCAUUAUGAGUAGGGUUGUACUGGGCAAGAAAUAUUUCAGCGAUUCAAAAGAUGUAAAAUCCAUUAUUCAACUUGAAGAAUUUCAGGAAAUGAUAGAAGAGUUCAUCCUUCUCAAUGGGGUUUUCUAUAUCGGGGAUUGGAUACCUUGGCUUGGUAAUUUCUUGGACUUUCAAGGUUAUGUUAAGCGAAUGAAGGUUGUAAACGAAAAAUUUAAUAGGUAUUUUGAUUAUGUGUUUGAGGAUCACAUGUCAAAGAAGGAAGCAGAGAAAGAGAGGGAUUUUGAGGGAAGGAACAUCGUAGAUUUCUUGCUGGAAUUGCUUGAUGAUCCUAGUCUUGAAGUCAAGCUAACUUAUGACAAGCUCAAGACAUUUGCUCAGGACCUACUGAUUGGAGGCACAGAAACCACAGCAUCAACUGUAGAGUGGGCAAUGUCGGAGCUCCUAAAGAACCCACAUGUGAUGGAAAAAGCUAGUGAAGAGCUGGACAGAGUCAUCGGAAGAGAGAGAUGGGUGGAAGAGAAAGAUAUCCCAAGACUUGCUUACAUAGAUGCUAUCAUGAAAGAGGCCAUGAGGAAACGCCCAGUGGCAUCGACGCUUGGGAUGCAUGAAGCUCUUGAAGACUGCAAAGUGGAGGGUUACGACAUUAAAAGAGGAACUAUACUGCUGGUGAACUUAUGGAGCUUAGGGAGAGACGAUAGAGUUUGGGAAAAUCCCGAAGAGUUUCGUCCGGAGAGGUUUUUGGGGAAGGCCAUCGAUGUGAGAGGGCAGACCUUCGAGCUGCUUCCAUUUGGUUCGGGGAGGAGGAUGUGCCCAAGCUACAACUUUGCAUUGAGAAUGAUUAUGUGCUGUUUGGCUAACCUUUUGCAUGGAUUCAAAUGGGAAUUACCAGCCGAACAUAAUGUUGAAGAUAUGAGCCUUGAAGAAACUUAUGGAAUUUCAACUACUCGGAAGUUCCCACUUGUUGGGGUCCCGAAGCCUCGACUGCCAUUCCAUCUUUAUCAGCAGUAAUUAAUUUGUCCAUGUAGUUAUUAAUCCUGUUGCUGGAAAUCCGUGGUUUUCUAUAUUUGAUAAGAAGGU